CUCCUCCCCUGUCCAUGCUCUGUCUCUUCCUCUCUCUCAAAAAUAAAUAAAUAUUAAAAAAAUAAAGAUGUUGCUAUCAGUUUGAAAUUUAACUUGUUAAGUAAACACUCAUCUGGGGUGCCUGGCUGGCUCAGUUGGUAGAUUAUGUGACUCUUGACUCAUGAGUUCCAGACCCAAGUUGGGUGUAGAGCUCCCUAAAAAACAAUCAAUCAAUCAAUAAAUAAAUAAAAAUACACGUCUUCUUUAACAUGAUGGUGCCUCCUCUCAGCAUCCUCAUUUCUAUCAUCUGUCAAUGUACCAUCUUCUGACUCUCAGAUUGAUAAUCUUGAAGUUGUCUAAUAAAGAAAUAUUAUCAGAUCUUCCUCCAGGAUGUUGAACCUUCAUAUCCACAAUCCUCAUUCUCACCUCACUUCAGGAUUAAACAGUCUCCUAAUCUCUAACUCUUCCACUUUAGGUGUCUAAGACAGGGUUCAGCAAACUACAGCCCAUACAUAGGACAUUUCUGGCCUACCAUCUGUUUUUGUAUGGCCCAUGAGCUAAGAAUGGCUUUUACAUUUUUAAAUUAAAUAUAAUAUUUUAUGACAUUUCUUUGUCCAUAAAUAAAGUUUUAUUGGAACAUAGUUGUGCUCAUUGUUUAUGUAUUUCCUGUGGCUGCUUUGUGCUACAGUGGCAGAGUUGAGUAGUUGUGAUAGCAACCACAUGACUUGCAAAGCCAAUAUUACUUACUGUCUGGUCCUUUACAGAAAAAGUUUUGCUGACCCCUACUCUAAGAAUUUCCUUAACUUGGUUUUCAAAAUCCUGGAUCAGUGUUCCGUACCUUUCUAUAUAAGCCCCUUUACUCUGACCUCACACAUGUACCCUGUUAAUUCCUGUAAUGUUUGUUUUUUCUCUCAUCUCUCAUAUCGUCUUCCCACCCUCCCUGUUCAUUCUAUACAUUGCCCUGUUGGAGGUUUUUCCUCUGUAAGACCCCUUCCUCAUGAUUUCAUUCUGUUCAUCUUUCCAUUAUUUUGAACUAACUAAUUAAGAAUUUUUGUCUGCACCAUAUUUUUAGGCACUUGUAUGUAUUUUGUUUUGUCAUUUGAACAUUUCAUUCUCACAUAUGCUGUAAUCUCCUUGCAUGUAAGGACUUUGUCUUCCCUUCAUUUGAGUACUUAGAGGUGGCAAUCCAUUUUGGUGACUCAUCCUUCAGCAUGGCCUUGCAUACUGAGAGUUUUUAGAAACAACUUUUUUUUUUUUUUCUAACGUGUUCUUUUUCUCUAAUGGGGGUAUAUGUAACUAACGAAUUAGUGUUUGUUUUGCUUUUAAUCCAACUUAUCCAACAUUUAAGUUGUUAUCUGGUUAGUAAAUAUUAUAAUGUGAAAGAUUCUUUUAUUACCUGAUGGCCCUUAUUUCUUUCCUUGUCCUUUUUUUUUUUUUUUUAAGUUUUAUUUAUUUAUUUUGAGAGAGAGAGAGAGAGCACAAGUAGGGGAGGGGCAGGGAGAGAAGGAGGCACCAUCAGCACAGAGCCCAACAUGAGCUCGAACUCAUGAACCAUGAGAUCAUGACCUGAGCUGAAAUCAAGAUUUGGAUGCUUAACUGACUGAGCCACCCAGAUGCCCCUCUUUCCUUAUCCUUUUCAUUUCAGUGUCUUUGAGCUUAAGUGGCUAGGGGAGCCACGGAAAUGAAGUCAGCAGGAAUGUCCAUAGAAACUAAAAAAGAGGUAAAAUAAAACCUUGGUUUGUGAGCAUAAUUCAUUCUGGAAACAUGCUUAUAAUCCAAAGCACUUCUAUAUUAAAGGGAAUUUCAAGAACCACUGGCUCAGCUGUAAUUAUGUGACUUUUAGUGUCACAUACUACUCGUAUUGCAAGACAUCACUCCUUUAUCAAGUUAAAAUUUAUUAGAAAUGUUUGCUCAUCUUGAAGAUCACUCGCAGAACAAGUUACUCACAAUACAAGGUUUUACUAUAUUUGAAUACCCAUUGUGCUGCACUGCACUGUACCAGGUUUAUAUAGACAGGUUAAUUUAAAAAAAUACCUAUUUGUUGCUCUGAAUGUGACAUUCUAAAGCGGACAUAGUUAGGUAAUACACAAAGGAGAAAAGCAGAAAUAAGUUGAGGAACAAAAUUAUAGAGAGGGUAGAAUCAUGAUUUUUUUAUGUCAACACAAAUAUGAAAAUAAUAUUUAUCAUUAAAAGCUGGCAGAAUUGAAUAUUACCCUUAGUCUAAAGCCAGCUCAUGAGAGUAAGUAAAUUGCAAAUACUCUGUUUUCUUAAUUACCUUUCUAAUGUACAUCAUAGAAGGUUUAGUAUGUUUACAUGCAUCUUUGUAGACUUGAAUUUAUUGUUUCUUAGAAAUUUGUUAUUAAAUUUAGGGGGGGAAAUGUAGGGGAAAAAUCAUCCAAGUUCCAUUCCAAGCCACAGCAUUUUUUUUUUUUUUUUUGAGAUUGGAAAAUCAGGAUGGGGGUCCAGGAUGGGAACACAAAAUAUUUCAGGAACAAUCAUAAUAUCAUUCAGCUGCUAUUUGUGGAGCACUGACCAUAUGCCAGCACUCUGUAGGUGCCUUACAUACAUUAUGUAUAGUCAUCACAAAAACUCUCAAAGUAGGCAGAGAUGAGAACACUGGGGCUCAAAAAAGGGAAUAAUUUGCCCAAUUUCACACAGCUGCUAAGUAGUGCAGCAGGAUGAGAACCCCAAAUAUAUAUAUUUUUUUACUUCCAGUUCUGUGCUGUUUGGGGUAGAAGACCAGUCGAGAUGGAGGGAAGGGCUCAAGGCAGGCACAACAGUGUCAGGGGUAAAGGCCUCUUGCAAGAAAGAAAUCCACCGCCUGGUGCCCAGGCUCCUCUGGUCACCCUCCAUGACAAAGGAAAGUGAAUGCAAAGAGGCCAGAGCUUCCUACCGACUGGAGUCCAGUGACUGGGGACGCCUUUUGGAGCAGUCCGGCAGUGUGACCGAAGUUGUUCCCGCUGCGGUCAACCAUGUCCUUCAGUGCCACCAUUCUCUUCUCUCCUCCUGGUGGCAGUGAGGCCAGAUGUUGCUGCUGCGCCUGUAAGAGCGAGACUAGUGGGGGCAGCACAAGCUCUCAGGGCGGGAACCCUCCUCCCAGCACCCCUAUCACAGUGACCGGACAUGGCCUGGCGGUUCAGAGUUCAGAGCAGCUCCUUCACAUUAUCUACCAGCGCGUGGAGAAGGCAGUGGGCCUGGCUGAGGCUGCUCUGGGGCUCGCCAGGGCCAACAACGAAUUACUAAAAUGUCUCCAGGAGGAGGUGGGUGAGCUGAGGCAGGGGAAAGCCUCCGCCCCUGAGGAAGAUGGGGAUGGCAGGGCCCAGGGCUCCCCACCCGAGGAGGCUGGGCCUCUCAAAGAGAGCCCCGGGGAAGCCUGCAAGGCCGCAUCUGCCGCAGAAGAGGAGUGUGACAGCGUGGGCAGCGGCAUGCAGGUGGUGAUUGAGGAGCUGUGGCAGGUGGGAGCCGCGUCGGCUGUGGGUCCCGGGCCUUUGGGCUUCCCGGCCGGCCAGAGAGACACGCGGCUCUCCGGAUGCACCCUGGCUGCCAGCGAGGCGGCCCCGAUGCUCAAUCCCCUGGUGGAUGAUUAUGUGGCCUCUGAGGGUGCAGUACAGCGGGUGCUGGUCCCUGCUUAUGCCAAGCAACUCUCACCAGCCACACAACUGGCUAUCCAGCGGGCAACCUCAGAGACAGGGCCAGAAAAUGGAACCAAGCUGCCACCGCCCCGCCCUGAGGACAUGCUCAGUGCUGCAGCUGCGCUGGACGGUGCCUUGGAAGAGUCAGGCCCUGGGGGAACAGGGGAGCUGAGACACUCUCUAGGGUUUACUGCUUCCCCAUGCAGGACCAGAGGGAGUGGGCAGAAGAACUCCAGGCGCAAGCGGGAUCUGGUACUCUCCAAAUUGGUCCACAAUGUGCAUAACCACAUCACCAACGACAAGAGAUUCAAUGGGUCUGAAAGCAUCAAGUCUUCUUGGAAUAUUUCAGUAGUGAAGUUCCUUCUGGAAAAGCUCAAGCAGGAGCUGGUGACCAGUCCCCACAAUUACACUGAUAAGGAGCUGAAAGGAGCCUGUGUAGCCUACUUCCUUACUAAGAGGCGUGAGUACCGCAAUUCCCUGAACCCCUUUAAAGGCCUGAAGGAAAAAGAGGAGAAGAAGCUUCGAAGUCGCAGAUACCGGCUUUUUGCCAACCGAUCCAGCAUCAUGAGGCAUUUUGGACCUGAGGACCAACGCCUAUGGAAAGAUGUGACAGAAGAGCUGAUGUCAGACGAAGAGGACAGUCUUAAUGAGCCAGGUGUCUGGGUGGCCCGGCCUCCCCGUUUCCGGGCCCAGCGCCUCACGGAACUCUGCUACCACCUGGAUGCCAACUCUAAGCAUGGCACAAAAGCCAACCGUGUGUAUGGACCUCCCUCAGACCGAUUACCUUCUGCUGAGGCCCAGCUCCUUCCACCAGAACUUUAUAAUCCUAAUUUCCAAGAAGAGGAAGAUGAGGGAGGUGAUGAGAAUGGACCUGUCUCCCCAUCUUUUGACCAACCCCACAAAACCUGUUGUCCUGACUUGAACUCCUUCAUUGAAAUCAAAGUGGAAAAGGAUGAAUGAAAUCUAUAACCAAGAAUAACUCUGGCUUCUGCCACUCCCCAUGUCCCAGAAAUGGAUGGCCACGGGGCUUCCCAGAAUAACAAGAUGUCCUCUGCAGUCUGAGAAAGCAAAUCUGUCUCUCUUCUUAACACAGUCCCCAAUGGAAGUGGAAGCCAGCAGCUGUGCUGGGAUAAAGACUUAUCUAGAAGGGGGAAAACCGCCCCCCCACUGUGAAUGGCAAGCCAGAAAAUGCUUAUUUCUAAGCAUAAAUAGUGCCUCGGGGAGCCUGAGCUGAAAAAAAGGAGAAGGAUGGGUCUAAGAAACAUGAGGCCUUCUUGACAUCUGCCCCAGUCUCUGAGUUGGUUUUUUUUCUGGUUUCACUCAAAGCUCUGGGGAAGCAGCCCUGGUUGUACCUUCUGCUUCCCCAUGACUGCUGGUCUGGCUCUGCAGUGGAAGCCGCACAGAACCAGUCCAGGAUAAUACUGCCACCUGGUGGGCAGUCUCAGCCAUGGGCUUGAUGCUUCUGAGCAGAACACGGCUGUGUCUCUAUUUGGGAAUUGGGAUACAGAUAUAAUAGCUAUUGUUUAUUGAAUUAUGUAAGGCAGAUUUUAUUAUUCCCAUCUUACACAUGAAGAAAUUAAAGCUUAAAGAGUUC